AUGAAUCAGCUACCAAUUUUUCAUAAUAUCAGGUUUUGUUUACUCGGUCGCACAGGACAGUCGAUCAGGUUUCGCUAUGUUCCUGAUCCGGGUACGCUUGAACAGCGUUUAUUUCGAGAGGUCACAAAGCCCGUUAUACCACCUAUUAACGUGAAUCCAGUCGAACAGCGUCUGCGCAGACAAGAAGAAAAUAGACUACGUCAAGAAAAUAAUCCAUACCGAAAAUUUCUGAUUGAGAGAGCUAAAGAAGAUUUUUUGAAGCCGAUGAAUAAUAAUAUGGUAUUAGUUUUUCAACAGUUGUGUCAUAAAGCUCGUGAAAUGGUGCCUGUAAAAAAUAAAUUAUUUUUAAAGGAUAUGCAUUUCAAAGGAUUCCCAUUAUCUAUUUUAAGAGAAGCUUCUAAAGGCACUCGUUAUGAAAUGUUUACACGCUAUAUGCUUCAUUCAAAUAUUCCUAAUAUGUAUCUGUUUUCUGAACCUACUCCUGAAAAAUGUCGUUAUGCAAUAAACAUAACCAAAAAAGUUCAUUUUCUUCUUUUGCUUGGCGGUAUUGUUGAUUAUAGGAUCAUGACUGUACAGCAACUGAAUGAGUUUGCUGCAUUGUCAUCUCAAGGCUUAGAUGGUGCACGUAGUCAUUUGGUUAUGUUAUUAGAGCAAAAUCGAGGAGGGCAAAUUGUGCAAGACUUAAACUAUCAUCAAUCUUUCAUUGUCAAUGGACUAAAAAAUUUGUAUGACGAAACAAAAAAUAGUAACGAGUCGUCUUCGUCUGAUUCAUGA